ACAGCGAAAGUACGAGGAAGGGGAGCCUGCACCUCGCAGAGCUCCGCAGAACCCGCCCAAGCGGGGCACGCGCGCCCCGGGCCUAGCCCCGGGGACUGCGUGGAGAAGCCCCUACCCGCCGCCUCCCGACCGCCGUUUGCGUGCUCGGCUUCCCCGGGCCCUCCGGGGGCGCCGGCGGGGUCGGGGACCUCGGCCUGGGCCCAGGGCGCUGGGAGCGCGGGCCGGCGGAGCUGGAAGCGCGGGUGCGGGGCAGGGGGAGUGCCGGAAGGGGGCGCUGGCGGGCGGCACCUCCCGUGCCCGCCAAGUCCCGCCCACGCGCAGGCAGCGCCUCUUCGGAUUGGGCAGCGACCCCCGCGCCGUCGGGGCGGAGCGAGCGUCGUCGCGUCCGGGUGACGUCUCCCGCGGGCGUCGGGCGGGGUCGUCGGCGGCGGUGGCGGCGGCGGCGGCGGCGGGUGGGAAAUGGCGGAGUACUUGGCCUCCAUCUUCGGCACCGAGAAAGACAAAGUCAACUGCUCAUUUUAUUUCAAAAUUGGAGCAUGUCGUCAUGGAGACAGAUGCUCUCGGUUGCACAAUAAACCGACCUUUAGCCAGACCAUUGCCCUCUUGAACAUUUACCGUAACCCUCAAAACUCUUCCCAGUCUGCUGACGGUUUGCGCUGUGCCGUGAGCGAUGUCGAGAUGCAGGAGCACUAUGACGAGUUCUUUGAGGAGGUCUUCACGGAGAUGGAGGAGAAGUACGGCGAGGUGGAGGAGAUGAACGUGUGUGACAACCUGGGCGACCACCUGGUCGGGAACGUCUAUGUCAAGUUUCGCCGUGAAGAAGAUGCGGAAAAGGCCGUGAUUGACUUGAACAACCGCUGGUUUAACGGCCAGCCGAUCCACGCCGAGCUCUCGCCCGUGACCGACUUCAGGGAAGCCUGCUGCCGUCAGUAUGAGAUGGGAGAGUGCACGCGAGGCGGCUUCUGCAACUUCAUGCACCUGAAGCCCAUCUCUAGAGAGCUGCGGCGGGAGCUCUACGGGCGCCGUCGCAAGAAGCAUAGAUCGAGGUCCCGCUCUCGGGAGCGCCGCUCUCGGUCUAGAGACCGUGGUCGUGGCGGUGGCGGCGGCGGCGGCGGCGGCGGGGGACGGGAGCGCGACAGGAGGCGGUCGAGAGAUCGUGAACGAUCUGGGCGAUUCUGAGCCAGGCCAUUUUUACCGUAUGUCUGCUAGAAAGUGUUGUAGUUGAUUGACCAAACAAGUUCAUAAUGGGAAUUUUUUUAAAAAACAACAAAAAAAUACAAAGAUGGGUUUCUGAAUAAAAUUUGUAGUGAUACAGUA